CGGUCUGGAAUGUCGUGUGGCCCCGGUUAGCUAACAACAACGACCUUCGAGAUCGCCAAACCCGUUUGAAUGAAUGCCGUUAAGACUCAGGCUUUAGCAUGUCACGAUUUUCCAUCAGUAACCUCUACCGUAUUUGGACGAGAGGAGUGUUUGGUGGGCCGUCGUCGUGUUUAUCUGUUACCGGAGUUCGGGAUUUUUGCAGCGGAGUCUCGCGACUGGACAGCGCUGGCAGUGACAGUGCACGCGCUGUCAGCCCUGUUAACCUGACGUACGAUGUGUUCGAUGGGAAGGGAGACGGCACACCAUUGGUGUUUCUACAUGGUUUAUUUGGGAGCAAGUCCAACUUUCACUCCAUAGCCAAGUCCCUGGUACAGCGGACAGGAAGGAAGGUGCUGACAGUAGAUGCUCGUAACCAUGGCAAAAGCCCACACAGUCCUGUCCUGACCUACGAAGCAAUGACCUGUGAUCUGACACAUCUGCUUGGCCAACUGCACAUUGGGAAGUGUGUCCUGAUUGGACACAGCAUGGGAGGCAAAGUUGCAAUGACGACAGCCCUGUCUCAGCCUAGUUUAGUGGAACGUCUGGUUGUUGUUGACAUUAGCCCCUCUACGACCUCCGUCCACAGCAGUUUCCAUGGCUACAUUCAGGCAAUGAAAGAAGUGAAGAUAGCCAGCAACAUCCCACGUUCCACAGCACGUAGACUGGCCGAGGACCAGCUCAGAAAGCUAGUUAAGGAGCGUUCAGUUCGUCAGUUCCUCCUCACAAACCUGGAGGAGCAAAAUGGUGAGUACAGCUGGAGGAUUAACCUGGAGGCCAUCUCAAACCACCUAGAGGAUGUCAUAGGUUUUCCUGAAUUUAACACCACUUAUGAGGGCCCUACCCUUUUCUUGGGUGGCAGUAGUUCAGCCUACAUAAGCUCAGAGGAUUACCCAAAAAUCCAGCAGCUUUUUCCCUGUGCAGAUAUCCAGUAUAUCCCAGAUGCCAGUCACUGGAUUCAUGCUGAUAAGCCAUUGGAUUUCAUCAGCUCCAUAAUAACUUUCCUGCAAUCAUAGUCCAUGUCUGAGGAGGAGGACAUGUACUGUACAGGUGGGCCCAAUGAGAAACGGACACUGAAUAUAGGGUAUGGGUGUGGACCAUGCUGAUUUUUCCAAAUAGUCCCUUACUUUAAAAUGCACAAUUGGACAGUUAUAUUGCUUGGUGAAUUCAUGUUUUAAUGUUGUGGCAUAGCAUAGUAUACUGAAUACAGUUUCAUUAAGAGGAUAUAUAUAUACAUAUAUAUAUAUAUAACAGAAAUCUUGUCAUUUGUUUAAAAUGAGGAUAUUUGUUUGUAGAUCAGAACAGUAAAUCCAGUGGCUUGUUUCUGAAUAACUUAGCUGCAUAAUUCACUGUUUGACAAUUAGACUAGACUGACAUUUUCAGUUUUUUUAAUUGUAUAAACGUCUUUUAAAGUUUGCUUUGUUUUUGUUUUUUGGCCAACAUAAUGUUGACAUGGACAUACUUGCGCUGCAGCUCUAAUAAGAAAUAUAAAGCUGUCUAUGCAAACAAUGCUAUAUGAUGUUCUCUAAGAUUGGUCUUUAGAAUGUUUUAAUAACAGUUAAAGUUAAGCUGUUAUUUAAAGCAGUUUUGUAAUGUGUUACUUAACUGUUGGAAUGAAGCUGAGGUACUGUAAUGUAACUCAAAUGGAUAACCUUAAGAGUUAGGCUUUGAGGUACUACACUUGCAUUCUGUUUGCAGGUUCAGCAGCACUGUUUUUCUAGAAAAAAAGUUUUAUUUUUGACUGCUUUUCUUGCAAGCCCAUUCAACCCUUAGGUAUUUUUUUAUUUUUAUUCAUCAUAGUUAAUGUAUAAAUAGAUAAACUACAUGCAUGUAGCCCACAUGUGAUAAAAUGUCUGUUUAGUUGCUUUUUCAAACUUGUACCUUUUAGAUACUGCAUAGCUAUGAUGUUUUGUAUCAUGUACGUUAGUGUGAUUUAAAGAGAGAACAAUGUGCCUACUUCUGCACACUUUCUUUUUAGCUUGGUAGGAUUUUCCCUGUUCUGGUUGUCAGUUUUUGAAAUAACAAAGCAGGAGUUUAUGAGAAACAUUUCCUCGACCAGUGGUGGCUAACAAUGAGCACGUUUACAUGCACGUUCUUACAACGAUUAUGCUUUAUAAGCCGACAAAAUCUGCGUUCACAUAACUGCAAUAAACCACAUUCCUUUAUCAGCAUAAUGGCCAUAAACAGGUUAUGAAUAACCCGAUCGACACGGGUAGAUUUUUGCACAUUACGCCGAUUUCACAUGCCAUGUAAGCACCUUACACAGUGUUCUUACUGGCUCAUCCAAUGUGUGCACAUGUUGAACACAUGCCUCUACACGGUUUGACGUCAAAAGUAAAGACUAACGCAAUUAUUUAAAAUGUCAUGUAAAUGCGGAUUUCUUGCCUUGUCAGAUUUUUAAAUAAGCUGAUUGUAGAGAGUAAUCCGCGUAUUGGUGUGCAGGUAAACAGGCUCAUUGUGUGUGUGGCAUAACAUUUUGUUUUGUUUUUAUUUUUUUAAAGAUUACUCAAUUCAAUUUGAUUAAAUUGAAAUGCGUAAAUCUUAAAAUUCUUUUCAGAGUGUACAUUUAUCUAGAAUAAAUAUAAACGCACUGUUUUUGGCAGCUCGGUUUAAGAACUGCCAUCACAAGGGUAUAUUUUGUUAAUUUCGAAAGUUUCAAUGUUUGUACAUGAGUAGUUUGUAUGUCUAUAAACUUGUAUUUGAACCUGUAUUUAAAUGUAUAAUAUAAUAAAUAUUAUAUUUAUUACUACUGUAUCUUAAUAAUCAAGAAAUAUGCUGCAAAAGUACUUGAGAACCUAAUGCACAAACAUCUAUGUUAAUGUGUUUACACUAACCAGUGCUGUCAAUGCUGCAUUUAUGUUUUUUUUAAUUUGCUUGUUUACAGAAUACUGUUUCAGUUGUAUUUUGAAAGUGAUUAGACUUUGUCAUGGCGCUCACAGUAUUUUGAUAUAUGUUCAUUAAACAAUGUAUUCCUAUUGUAUUUGAGUAAAAUAUUAUUUGGCUUCAUGCAGUCUUGUUUGUUUGAAGUGGAGGUGUGUAUCGUUUCUAUUUGGUACAUGGUGAAAAUGGCUCUUUGUUCUAUAGUUUUAAUGUCUCUGCGUAUCUGUGUGCAGAUAUGUCAAUACUCAAUAAAUGUACAAGU